AUGCAAAUCCGACUCUACAGUCCGACUCUGAAGUCCGGCUCUACAGUCCGACUCUACAGUCCGACUCUACAUCCGACUCUACAGUCUGACUCUACAGUCCGACUCUACAGUCCGACUCUACAGUCCGACUCUAAAGUCCGGCUCUACAGUCCGACUCUACAGUCCGACUCUACAGUCCGACUCUACAGUCUGACUCUACAUCCGACUCUACAGUCCGACUCUAAAGUCCGACUCUACAGUCUGACUCUACAGUCCGACUCUACAGUCCGACUCUACAGUCCGACUCUAAAGUCCGGCUCUAGAGUCCGACUCUACAGUCCGACUCUACAGUCCGACUCUACAUCCGACUCUAAAGUCCGACUCUACAGUCUGACUCUACAGUCCGACUCUACAGUCCGACUCUACAGUCCGACUCUACAGUCCGACUCUACAGACUCUAAAGUCCAGCUCUACAGUCCGACUCUACAGUCCGACUCUACAGUCCGACUCUACAGUCCGACUCUGAAGUCCGGCUCUACAGUCCGACUCUACAGUCCGACUCUACAUCCGACUCUACAGUCUGACUCUACAGUCCGACUCUACAGUCCGACUCUACAGUCCGACUCUAAAGUCCGGCUCUACAGUCCGACUCUACAGUCCGACUCUACAGUCCGACUCUACAGUCUGACUCUACAUCCGACUCUACAGUCCGACUCUAAAGUCCGACUCUACAGUCUGACUCUACAGUCCGACUCUACAGUCCGACUCUACAGUCCGACUCUAAAGUCCGGCUCUAGAGUCCGACUCUACAGUCCGACUCUACAGUCCGACUCUACAGACUCUAAAGUCCAGCUCUACAGUCCGACUCUACAGUCCGACUCUACAGUCCGACUCUACAGUCCGACUCUGAAGUCCGGCUCUACAGUCCGACUCUACAGUCCGACUCUACAGUCUGACUCUACAUCCGACUCUACAGUCCGACUCUACAGUCCGACUCUAAAGUCCGGCUCUACAGUCCGACGUCGACUACAGUCCGACUCUACAGUCGACUCUACAGUCGACUUACAGUUGACUUACAGUUCGGACUUGUACAGUGUAGAGACUUCCGACUCUGAAGUCCGGCUCUACAGUCCGACUCUACAGUCCGACUCUACAGUCCGACUCUACAGUCCGACUCUGAAGUCCGGCUCUACAGUCCGACUCUACAGUCCGACUCUACAGUCCGACUCUACAUCCGACUCUACAGUCCGACUCUACAGUCUGACUCUACAGUCUGACUCUACAGUCCGACUCUACAGUCCGACUCUACAGUCCGACUCUACAGUCCGACUCUACAGUCCGACUCUACAGUCCGACUCUAAAGUCCGGCUCUACAGUCCGACUCUACAGUCCGACUCUACAGUCCGACUCUACAGUCUGACUCUACAGUCUGACUCUACAUCCGACUCUACAGUCCGACUCUACAGUCCGACUCUACAGUCCGACUCUGAAGUCGACUCUACAGUCCGACUCUACAGUCGACUCUACAGUCUGACUCUACAGUCCGACUCUACAGUCCGACUCUACAGUCCGACUCUACAGUCCGACUCUACAGUCCGACUCUACAGUCCGACUCUACAGUCCGACUCUACAGUCCGACUCUACAUCCGACUCUACAGUCCGACUCUACAGUCCGACUCUACAGUCCGACUCUACAGUCCGACUCUACAGUCUGACUCUACAGUCCGACUCUACAGUCCGACUCUACAGUCUGACUCUAAAGUCCGACUCUACAGUCCGACUCUAAAGUCCGACUCUACAGUCCGACUCUACAGUCCGACUCUACAGACUCUAAAGGGUCCAGCUCUACAGUCCGACUCUACAGUCCGACUCUACAGUCCGACUCUACAGUCCGACUCUGAAGUCCGCCUCUACAGUCCGACUCUGAAGUCCGCUCUACAGUCCGACUCUACAGUCCGACUACAGUCAGACUCUACAGUCCUCUCUACAGUCCGAAGUCUACAGUCCGACUCUACAGUCCGACUCUACAGUCGACUCUACAGUCCGACUCUACAGUCCGACUCUACAGUCCGACUCUACAGUCCGACUCUACAGUCCGACUCUGAAGUCCGGCUCUACAGUCCGACUCUACAGUCCGACUCUACAUCCGACUCUACAGUCCGACUCUACAGUCCGACUCUACAGUCCGACUCUAAAGUCCGGCUCUACAGUCCGACUCUACAGUCCGACUCUACAGUCCGACUCUACAGUCUGACUCUACAGUCUGACUCUACAGACUCUAAAGUCCAGCUCUACAGUCCGACUCUACAGUCCGACUCUACAGUCCGACUCUACAGUCCGACUCUGAAGUCCGGCUCUACAGUCCGACUCUACAGUCCGACUCUACAUCCGACUCUACAGUCUGACUCUACAGUCCGACUCUACAGUCCGACUCUACAGUCCGACUCUAAAGUCCGGCUCUACAGUCCGACUCUACAGUCCGACUCUACAGUCCGACUCUACAGUCUGACUCUACAGUCUGACUCUACAUCCGACUCUAAAGUCCGACUCUACAGUCCGACUCUAAAGUCCGACUCUACAGUCCGACUCUACAGUCUGACUCUACAGUCCGACUCUACAGUCCGACUCUACAGUCCGACUCUAAAGCAGAGGACAGCCGUGGUGGUGGACAAAGGGCAGAGGACAGCCGUGGUGGUGGACAAAGGGCAGAGGACAGCCGUGGUGGUGGACAAAGGGCAGAGGACAGCCGUGGUGGUGGACAAAGGGCAGAGGACAGCCGUGGUGGUGGACAAAGGGCAGAGGACAGCCGUGGUGGUGGACAAAGGGCAGAGGACAGCCGUGGUGGUGGACAAAGGGCAGAGGACAGCCGUGGUGGUGGACAAAGGGCAGAGGACAGCCGUGGUGGUGGACAAAGGGCAGAGGACAGCCGUGGUGGUGGACAAAGGACAGAGGACAGCCGUGGUGGUGGACAAAGGGCAGAGGACAGCCGUGGUGGUGGACAAAGGGCAGAGGACAGCCGUGGUGGUGGACAAAGGGCAGAGGACAGCCGUGGUGGUGGACAAAGGGCAGAGGACAGCCGUGGUGGUGGACAAAGGACAGAGGACAGCCGUGGUGGUGGACAAAGGGCAGAGGACAGCCGUGGUGGUGGACAAAGGGCAGAGGACAGCCGUGGUGGUGGACAAAGGGCAGAGGACAGCCGUGGUGGUGGACAAAGGGCAGAGGACAGCCGUGGUGGUGGACAAAGGGCAGAGGACAGCCGUGGUGGUGGACAAAGGGCAGAGGACAGCCGUGGUGGUGGACAAAGGGCAGAGGACAGCCGUGGUGGUGGACAAAGGGCAGAGGACAGCCGUGGUGGUGGACAAAGGGCAGAGGACAGCCGUGGUGGUGGACAAAGGGCAGAGGACAGCCGUGGUGGUGGACAAAGGACAGAGGACAGCCGUGGUGGUGGACAAAGGGCGGAGGACAGCCGUGGUGGUGGACAAAGGGCAGAGGACAGCCGUGGUGGUGGACAAAGGGCAGAGGACAGCCGUGGUGGUGGACAAAGGGCAGAGGACAGCCGUGGUGGUGGACAAAGGGCAGAGGACAGCCGUGGUGGUGGACAAAGGGCAGAGGACAGCCGUGGUGGUGGACGUGGAAAUUCCAAGCGAUGUGUACCACAGUAUCUCAGUAUACCACAGUAUCUCAGUAUACCACAGUAUCUCAGUAUACCACAGUAUCUCAGUAUACCACAGUAUCUCAGUAUACCACAGUAUCUCAGUAUACCGCAGUAUCUCAGUAUACCGCAGUAUCUCAGUAUACCACAGUAUCUCAGUAUACCACAGUAUCUCAGUAUACCACAGUAUCUCAGUAUACCACAGUAUCUCAGUAUACCGCAGUAUCUCAGUAUACCACAGUAUCUCAGUAUACCACAGUAUCUCAGUAUACCACAGUAUCUAA